AUGUGGCGGGGCGUAACGCUGCGCAUCUCGCGGCGUGGCGCACUUCUCGUCUCCAAGAAGAACUUACGUCUGAAGUGCGGGGCCUGUCGUCGUCUGUUGCCCGCGGCGCACUUCAACAAUACAACCGCGCCGUCUCAGUCCCUCGUCUGUGUGGACUGCAAGCGUCUGUGCAUCCUCUGCGGCCUACACCUGACGGUUGACCGAUUCACGGAUGCCAGCGCUGAAUUGUGUGAUAACUGCCUGGCGAAACGACAUGUGGCACGGGAGAAUGUCUACUUUCGUUAUCCAGUACUUAAAUAUCGUGCCUGUCCGUUUAGUGUUGACCAGAUGCGGGAGGAAAUUCGCCGCGAGGAGGGCCCACGAAGAUGA